AUGUGUCUGCCCAAGUUCGACGGACGGGUCCUGUCCAAAAGGAACCAGCUGGUGAGGGCGAAGAGUGAGGAGCAGAACACUGUGAAAAGAAACCCGCUUGUGAGGGCUGUCAGUGAAGACCACACCAGACACUUCUUGGUGAGGUCCUGGAACCGGGAGCAGAGUAGUACUACUACUCUGGUCAAAAACGUCCUGGUGAGGACCUGCAGUGACGAGAGGGGCGUCGUGAAGAAAAAUGCCCUUGUCAGGGCGAACAGCGAAGGACGGACUGAUAAGAUCAAUAACAUACUCAAUGAAAGUAGAAAUUCCUUUGUCCUGGGAGGGUUGGGAGGUUUGGUAGGAGGAGGAAGAGGAGGAGGAGGAGGAGGGGGAGGUGGUAGUAGUGCUGGUAUGGGUGGUGGAGUAGGGUCUGGAGGAGCGGGAUUGGAAGAGGAAGGAGAGGCAAACAGAGUUGAAACGACAGAGGAAGAGACCAGUGAAUCUAGCCUUGACCGAGUGCGCUAUGAGCUGUAG